GGUUCGACGAAACGUGCUUAGCAAAGGCACUGUAUUGAGCUGACUUCCCGCGUGAUUCGACGCGUGAUGCGGUAGUGCAGUGAAGUGACUGUGAGUGUACGAUGGGCUUUAUGAAGUACUACGGCGCGACCGCGCUUCUUACGUUAGCUGUCAUUGCAGAAUGUUUUGGUGCACACGAACGUUCCAGGCAGCGCUCAGGUUCCAGUAGAAGUGUACCCGUCGCGAACAACAAACGAGAAGUUGACUUCGAUUGUCCCGAGGAGUUUGGCUACUACCCCCACCCUACCGACUGUACCCUCUAUUACGUCUGUGUAUUUGGCAGCUCAUUGCUCGAAUCGUGUACUGGGGGUCUUAUGUACAGCCAUGAACUUCAAACUUGUGAUUGGCCACGCAAUGUGGGUUGCGAUGCUACAGGCGCUGUGGUUGCUGAAGACCUUGGGAGACUGAAUGAAAGACAAUCCGCCCCAUCCAGACCUGCUCCGCGCCGAAACCCACCGCCGGCUCGAACACAACCCAACCCUGUCAUCACCUCACGGGGACAGCCUAAGUACAGCCGUCAAGAAUACGAAAAGCAGCAACAGUUAUAUGCCGAAGUAGACGAUCUACCUCCUGUCGAAGAAAUAGAAACAGAUAGACAGCAAAGAGUAUAUAGAGGACAACCAUCAACAAUAGGACAAGUUCAAAAGGAUAGAGACGGCUAUAUAUCUCAAGGGAUAUCGUCUAGUCGUACGUUAAAUGCAAAUAUUAUCCCGGCCUCAAUAAAUCAAAAUAGUAAACUAGGAUCAUUUUCGUUUGGAACUCAGGUAGAUGAAAGAAGAGCCGCAACGAUCACGACUGCGCCACAGACAUACAGCUUGGAGCCAACUGAGAGAGUAACACCGACAGCUUAUUCCGCAAGUCCAAGGCCUAAAAUGCUUUACAAUAGUUCCCAAGCUUACAGUCCUGAUCAAUAUGAUCCAUACUAUGCCGUAUACGAUGAGGAUGGUGAAUUGUAUAAAGACCCAGAUUAUGUGCAGCAAUAUAACCCAGCCUCACUUCGACCGGCAGUCCAGCAGACCUACAGAGGCACACCACCACCGACUCCGUCGCGCAGACCGGUAGAAUCUUACACACCAAGACCUGUAUUGGAGGAUGACUAUGACGAUGCUCUCAUUCAAGGAGAAAUUCCAAAUCAAAAUCAAUACCAAACUGCCAUACGCCAGCAAAUAAGGGGCGAUGGUAAUGAGUUGGGCUAUGAUCAUAUCCCAAGCAACGUGAGAACAACAUUAUAUGAAGCUACCUCCUAUAGCACAAUUCCCCCUACAACAAGCACUACCACAACUACCACCACAACCACGACUACUACCACAAAACGUCCAACUACUGCACCAUUCACUGAAGCUAUAACAGUAUCCCGAUAUUCUCCAAGAUUGUCUACUGAUGAAAAGCCCUUACGCGAAUCCUAUCAAAAUACAACCAAUUCCACUACAUCCUCGACUUUUCCCACUGUAAAUUACUUGUCUUCCCUAGCCAAGCCAUUUGAAAGGACUGAUAACGUACACAGGUUAAAUGAAAAUUUACCUUUGACUGAGAGUAUACCGACACUUAGACCUACUUCACGUUCAUUGACUAAUAACAAAAAUAAUCUUGAAAUAAUACAAUCAAGAACCAAUGAUUUUAGUAAAAAAAUGGUAGCUUUAACUACAGGAUUUUCAAUACGACACAAUAUAAAUAAUACAAAAAAUCCAUACACAUUAACAGUUAUUACUAAGCCUUUUGAAGCAUUUAAUUAUACAGAGAGAAGUAACAGUAAUAAUUUCAGUAAGAAAAAACAACACUUUCAAAAGUAUUAUUUUGAUACGGAAAAAGACUCAGACCAGCUUAAAGAAAAAUUGAAAUCUAGUAUCAACCACGAGUUAACAUAUAAGGAAGACAUGAAGUUUGAAAAAUCAUCAACAGACGAAAUUACAAAACCCGAAGUUCGUGAAACGACACUAAAGCCUAACGAUGAUAUCUUGGUUACGACGGGUACAUCACUACCAACUACCACCGAAACAACAAAAUAUUAUUUGAAAACAGUUAUAAAAAGGCCAGCUUCACCUGUUUUAAGCAGAAAGGAGUUAGAUAUACCAACAGAAGCUAAUAUUAAUAGAGAAUAUAACUUAAACAACGAUGAGAAACAAAAUGACUCUAAAAGCUUUCAAGUGAAGACAAAAAGUAUCAUGCAUGAAAACUUGCAAAGUCCAAUCAGUAGUCAUCCUUGGGAUGAUCCAGUUAUUUCUCCAUACGAAACAUUAGAUAAUUUACGAAACAAAAAAGGUAAUGUUGACCCCGAUUAUUCAUUACCUACUACUUCACAAAACACCAUACUACCUAAAGAUAUAGACAAAUUUGAAAGUAUAGACGCCCACCGAAAGCCAUCUUAUUAUACGUAUCAUGUAUUUGAUGAGGAUAUAAGUGAUCAAACUACUGAAAUCUUGAGUAGCAAAAUAAAGAAUAUCAUCAAAACUUUCUUUGAUAAUGAUUUAUCUACCACAUUGCCACCUAUAGAGACACUUUUAGAGCCAUCACCUCCGGAACCUAAAGAAGUAUACAUUGGAUUCCAAAAUAAGCAAUCUAAUUUCGUGGAAGAAAAGCCUCUUCAAAAUUUUGUUAAGCAUCUUCAAAUUAUUACCAGUACAGAUGCAGAAGAGGCUCCUAUCAAAAUACCUGAUUCUAAUAAAUAUGAAUAUGCUUAUGAAGAUAAAAAUCUAACUCCUGAUUUAUCAAUUGAUACAAAUCCACUUGCAAGUCAGCCAAUACAAUUAGAUGAUAAAAAAAAUAUUUCAACCAUGAUGGAAAGUUCUACAAAUCAUGAAUUCAUAAAUAUUCAAAAACCUGAAACACAUGAAUCCAAAUUUACGAAAUUAGCCACAUCAAAGCCCCAAGCUCAUAAAUCUCGAAAAUAUUACAAGCUUGUGAAUAGCCAAUCAACACCCCAUAAUAAACUUACUACUACAACUGAAAAAAAAUAUGACGAAACGACUACUUCGACUAAAAUGACUGAUUUAAGUAGUUCAAGUAAGUCUGACUUAUUAACCCCCAUUGUAGUUGGUGAUGCUAUAUCUGACAUUGCUUCGACUACAAGUACGACAAAAUCGACGACGACAAUUAAGAACGAAAUUGAUUUGACGCUAACUAAGAGCAUACCUUUUCCUACACGGGCCUCUCGAAUCAAUCCUGCCAUUAAGUUAGCUGCGGCAAACCUUGGAGGUGGACGCAGGAGUUAUCAAUCUUCGUCAAAUUGCUCUACAGACAACGGUCUGCAAGCGAAUCCAAAAUGCAACGAAAUCAAAUACCAAAGGCCUGUCAGUACUCGCGGUCGUGGCUCUUCGCAUUACUCAACUUUGGGUGUCUCUGAGUCACCACAGCCGGCUCCAAACAGAGGAACCCCUCCAACCCGAAUGCGUCCAACAUUGAAACCAUCCACAGCUAUUGUUUCAAAAACCACCGAAUUUGUGGACAUUUACGCCAAUCCGCCAAGAAGGCCGGGUCCAGUGUACCCUACACCAACACCGGAUAAAACAGCUGCCAAGUGCAGAAAAGAUGUUUGCCUCUUGCCAGACUGCUUCUGUGGUGGAAAAGACAUACCCGGGAAUUUACCUGUAAACGAAGUACCGCAAAUCGUACUCAUCACCUUCGACGAUGCUGUCAAUGACCUAAAUAAACCGUACUACGAAGAAUUGUUUGAGAGAGGUCGAGUCAACCCAAACGGUUGCCCAAUAACUGCUACUUUUUAUGUGUCCCAUGAGUGGACUGACUACAGUCAAAUACAGAACCUAUACGUAGAUGGCCACGAAUUUGCCUCCCACACUAUAUCCCAUAGUUUUGGUGAGCAAUUCUCACAAAAGAAAUGGAACAGAGAAGUAAGUGGUCAGCGAGAAUUAUUAGCCGCAUACGGAGGCGUGAAAUUAGAGGAUGUUCGAGGAAUGAGAGCGCCUUUCCUUUCUGUUGGUGGCAAUAAAAUGUUUAAAAUGUUGUAUGACUCGAAUUUCACCUAUGACUCGUCAUUACCGGUUUACGAGAACAAACCACCAAGCUGGCCGUACACUCUCGACUACAAACUGUUCCACGACUGUAUGAUUCCACCGUGCCCAACUAAGUCAUAUCCAGGUGUUUGGGAAGUCCCUAUGGUGAUGUGGCAGGAUCUUAACGGAGGCAGGUGUUCUAUGGGAGAUGCUUGUGCAAAUCCACCGGAGGCCGAAAAUGUUUACAAAAUGAUCCUGAAGAACUUCGACAGACACUACACUAGUAACAGAGCACCGUUUGGACUUUUCUAUCAUGCGGCUUGGUUCACUCAAGCUCACCACAAGGAAGGUUUUAUUAUGUUCCUGGACUUCAUCAACAAAAUGAAGGACGUUUGGAUUAUAACGAAUUGGCAAGCCCUUCAGUGGGUGCGUGAUCCCACACCCAUCUCAAGGCUUAAUAGCUUCCAGCCGUUCCAAUGCAACUAUCAGGAUCGGCCGAAGAAGUGCAACAAUCCGAAAGUAUGUAAUCUAUGGCACAAAUCAGGUGUCAGAUACAUGAGGACUUGUCAGCCAUGUCCCGAAAUCUAUCCAUGGACUGGAAAGUCAGGCAUCAGAUCUUCACGAGUCGAUAACGAAUUAGAAGAGAAAUAAACAAAAUUAAGACUAGAAAUAGAUUGAAGCCAGCGAGGCGAAUAUCGUUUUGUCCUUAAAAUACUGAAUAGUAUAUUUUGAAAAACCCACAAAUAAAUUAGCAGAUUGCAACAUAGAUAUAGAAAUGUGUUGAAGCAAUUUAAUUUAUACAAUAACACCAGAAAUUCAUAAAUUUUGAAAGUUAUUUCAACAAUUAGAUAUUAUGAUUUGUAUUUAUGUGGUUUUAGAGUUUUUUUUUUACAGAAAAUUGAUUUGUCACUCGAAUACUUAGUGCCAUUUUGAUUUCGAUGGUCAGAAAACGGAUAUAGUAAAAUCAUCGUUUAUGUGAUUCGAAUUGCUUACUGAUGUUAGAAAAUGAAUGUGUAUUGGAAACUGUGAUAUUGUAUGUUUUCAAUCAUCUAGGAUGAGAUAUACUUCGAAAACUACCUAUUUAAUAGAUAUUUUUAAUUAUUUAAGUAGUUCGUUUAGGAUAGCUUUAGAAAUUGGUGCAAUUAAUUGCAGUACUAUUAGUGUUUAAAUCUAUAUUUUUAUAUGCUGAAUCUGGCUCGAUUUAAUUUUGAUAAUUGAAUUUUUAAUAUUAUAUUUCAAAUGCUUGAGAGCCAUAUUAAAAUUAAAUAAUUUUGUUCUUGCCAACAUUAUGGACACUGCCUUCAUUAUAUUAUUGUAAAUAUAGAUAUAGUAUUUUAUGUUAGUGAAAUUAUUAAUAAGAUGUAAGAAUUGAGCUGAAACCUUUUGAUAAUCAAAGUAAUUUGUUGUGCAGACGUCUGUCUACAUCACGUGAAGAUGUAGCACAUGUCUUUGCGACCGUCUAUUUUUUUAUUUGCUUCAAUUACACGAAAACUAGCGAUCUUUUUGGAAUGACUUCAGGGAGAUUGACUGCAAAAAUGUGAAAACAAUGAAAUUUCAUCAAUGUCUCAAAUUAAAUUUGGCACGUCAUAUUGUAUCGAAUAAAUGAAUCUCCAACAAGUUUUGAUUAUUUUGAAGUAAUUUCUAAUAAAUUUUUGAUGCUUUACAUACCUUGUCAGGUAAUAUAGCAAAUAUUAAUUAAUUUGAUAUUAACGUAUUUGUAAAUAUAGGUACCUACUUUAAUAUUUAAAUUUGGUAGUUUUGUCUGGAUGUAUUUGAUGUUUGGCUUUGAUUUUUUACCAUGGAUAUGAUUUCUAAACAGAAUUUAUAGAACAUAAUUUGAAGGAAUUAUGUGCUGAUAAUAAAGUUUUAUUUAACGAG